AACAUGGAAAAGGUGCUGGUCCCUUCUGUCACGUUAAUUGUAGGCUGUGGAGUAUCUUCGCUGACACUUUUGCUGUUGAUUAUCAUUUAUGUCUCUGUUUGGAGGUAUAUUCGCUCAGAGCGCUCCGUCAUUCUUAUCAACUUCUGCCUAUCCAUCAUCUCCUCCAACGCUCUCAUCCUGAUCGGACAGACCCAGACCCGGAAUAAGGUGAUAUGCACGCUGGUGGCGGCUUUCUUGCACUUCUUCUUCCUCUCCUCUUUCUGCUGGGUGCUGACUGAGGCUUGGCAGUCCUACAUGGCCGUGACGGGCCGGUUACGGAACCGCAUCAUCCGCAAGCGCUUCUUGUGUCUCGGAUGGGGGCUCCCUGCCUUGGUGGUUGCCAUUUCCGUGGGAUUUACUAAAGCCAAGGGGUACGGCACCGUGAACUACUGCUGGCUGUCGUUAGAGGGAGGUCUUCUCUAUGCCUUCGUGGGACCUGCGGCUGCUGUUGUUUUGGUGAACAUGGUUAUUGGCAUUCUGGUUUUUAACAAACUUGUAUCCAAAGAUGGAAUAACAGAUAAGAAACUGAAGGAACGGGCAGGGGCAUCCCUUUGGAGCUCCUGCGUGGUCCUGCCUCUCCUGGCUCUCACCUGGAUGUCUGCAGUUCUGGCAAUCACAGAUCGGCGGUCAGCACUCUUCCAGAUCCUUUUUGCCGUCUUUGACUCGUUGGAGGGCUUUGUCAUCGUUAUGGUCCAUUGCAUCCUAAGGCGGGAGGUCCAGGAUGCUGUGAAGUGCCGAGUAGUGGAUCGUCAGGAAGAGGGCAAUGGAGACUCAGGGGGGUCAUUUCAGAACGGACAUGCUCAGCUAAUGACCGAUUUUGAGAAGGACGUGGAUAUGGCUUGUAGAUCAGUGUUGAAUAAAGACAUCACCACCUGCAGGACCUCAACCAUCACGGGAACACUGAAGCGUCCAUCACUGCCGGAUGAAGAGAAAUUGAAACUCAAUCACCAGAAAGGGUCAUCAAACUUUAACAGUCUUCCAGCCAACGUCUCCAAGAUGCAUCUCCAGGGCUCACCACACUACUUGGGGGCCAUCAACCUGAAUGAGUUCAGCAAUCACACACUUACUCUGAAGAAGGACAAGAACCAGCCUCCUAAGUCCAUCUACAUCUGUGAUGGGGACAUCUUCAAGAAGUUGGACUCAGAACUCUCCCGGGCGCAAGAGCAAACGCUGGACACCAGCUACGUCAUUCUGCCUACCAACACGUCUACCUUACGGGCCAAACAACCCAAAGACGAGAGCAAAUACAGCAUCAAUAUUGACCAGAUGCCCCAGACACGGCUCAUCCACCUCAGUAUGGCUACUGACCCGGGCUUUGUUGUGAAGAGUCCUCCACGGGAGCCUGUAUCCAUGACAUGCAGUGAGGUUCAAGGUUCCCCCAUGAUACAACAACAGCAGCAGCUGGCUCCACAAAAUAUCUCCAACGAGUCACAGAUUCCCAACAGCCUGUGUGACACAGGUGACUCAGGGAAUUCGGGUGUGGUGUCCAAGAGUGAGACCGUCUCCACCCUCUCCAUGAGCUCCUUGGAGAGGCGGAAAUCCCGGUACGCAGAGCUAGAUUUUGAGAAAAUCAUGCACACAAGAAAACGUCACCAAGACAUGUUCCAAGACCUGAACAGAAAACUUCAGCAUGCAGAGAAGGAGAAGGAGUCUCCAACAACGGACAGCAAGCAAGAAAAACAGCAGACACCAAACAAGAGACCCUGGGAAGGAAUCAGGAAAGUCCAGUCCCCACCAUCAUGGGUUAAAAAGGACAUCGAACCUGUGGCACAGUCUCCCCUAGAACUAAAAACUGUAGAGUGGGAGAAAACAGGCGCCACCAUCCCCCUGGUGGGACAAGACAUUAUUGACCUUCAGACAGAGGUCUGAGCCGAAA